AUGCCUUCUUUCACCAUCUCUUCCACCAUGCUGGCAGGCCUGCUCCUGAUGCUCGUCCCAGCAUCAUCUGCCGCUCCCCGACCCCAGGCACAUGAAGAUGUGCCCAUGAGGUUGCUACAGGAUGCCAAACCGGCUUUCCCUUACGACCCAAACACCAUUGCCAAGUGCUCCUGGUGGUGGGACAACGAAGGCCAAAUUCCAUGUGCCAACAUGCCGGCUGAAUGGGGCAUCAGCAUGCAAGACUUCCUCCGAUGGAAUCCGUCCAUCACUUCGUCCUGCGGAAACUUUCUCAACGGUCGUUCAUACUGCGUGGAAGCCUCUGGCGAGGAGCCACCGGUGCCCGGCACGCCGACGACAACGACGGCGCCUGCCACGACGACCAAGCCAUCGAACGGCAUCACCACCCCUCAGCCCAUCCAGGACGGCAUGGUCGGCAACUGCAACAAGUUCCACUACAUCUCCGAGGGCGACAGGUGUCAAGACAUUCUGAGCUAUCAGAAGAUUACCCUCGCCGACUUCUUCAAGUGGAACCCUGCCGUCAAGAGCGACUGCUCGGGCCUCUGGUCCAAGACGAACGCCUGUGUCGGCGUCAUCGGCCAUGUCCCCGCCGUCACGACGACGACGACCAAGCCAGCCACGCCCACGACCCCGUCCAACGGCAUCACCACCCCUCAGCCCAUCCAGGACGGCAUGGUCAGGAACUGCAACAAGUUCCACUACAUCUCCGAGGGCGACAAGUGCCAGAAUAUUCUGAGCUACCAGAGGAUCACCCUGGCCGACUUUUUCAAGUGGAACCCAGCAGUCAAAAGCGACUGCUCGGGGCCUCUGGUCCAAGACGCACGCCUGCGUCGGUGUCAUCGCGGCCAGGCGCCGCCCCCGACGCCGACGACUACGAAGCCGACGACCACGAAGCCGCCCGGCAACCGCGUCACCACGCCGACACCGACGCAGCCCGGCAUGGUGAGCAACUGCAACAAGUUCCAUUUCGUCUCGCCGGGCAACACGUGCCAGCAGAUUGUCAGCUACCAGAAGAUCACCAUGGCCAACUUUGUCAAGUGGAACUCGGGCGCCGGCAGCGGGUGCAACAAUCUGUGGGGAAACACCCAUGCUUGUGUUGGUGUGUUUUGA